UUGAAUUUUAUUUAGAAUCUUUAUUUUGACAAAUCAAAAUUGCAUUUGCCUUGGAAAGUUAUGACUUGUGGGCGGCUCAAGAUAGAUAGAAUACUCUUUAUUGACACAUCUCAGUAAAAAUAUACAAGAAAAUAAACUAUUAAUUAAAUAUAUGAGAGCAAUCUCUUCCAGACAACCUUUGGUUAGCGGAGACAGAGAGCUUUGGGUAGCGGUUAUAGAAAAUCUCCCGAAAUUACGUUUUUCGGCAUAAGGUCAUAACUGUCUUUGGGAUACUUACUAAGUUUUACUUAGUAGCAAUCACGUAGCAAUGAUAGAAGCUUAAUACAAUACUUGCUGCAUGUAACGCAUAGAUGCGCUCAAUAUUAAGUACCAACACUACCAACCUAGGUACUAAUUAAUAACAGUAGGAGUACCACUCUGAGUAAUUAGGGUAAAGUGGGGGAGUUAGGAACACUUAUUAAUUUAUUUUUUGUGUUAUUUGCUUAUCUAAUUAUAUUCCAAUGAUUUUUAAAAACAAAGAUAUCACAUAAAAUUCAAGACGAAGUCAAUACAGGAACUCCUAGUUCAGGCAUUUGUAAACUUUUCCUUAUCCUUAAUCCUUAGUCUUUAAGUGCUAACACUGUACUUAUACUGUUUUCAAUAAAAUUAUUUGUAUUAUUUGUAUUUGUUGUAUUUGUAAUAACUUUGCCUAAGUCUCAAUUUAGCCGAACCCGUAUGGGGUAAUUGGAAAAAGUUCGCGUGGAAGUAGAUACAGAAACACUGAAGAUUUUCAAUCUACUAUCACUUUCAGGUUUCCAUUUCUACCUCAAGGCAUGAAAAACAUUAAGAAAACAAGAGGUAAUUGGGAACAUUUUCAUUUCCUUCGUUUCUAGAGUUAAACCAUCAAGAUAAGUCUGCAACGAUUUUGAUAGCACAAUCAAUGCAAGUGUUAUUUAUACGUCAUAAUUUCAUAGAAGUUUGUAGUUUAAAGUCACACAUAACACUUGCACUGCGUGUGCUAUAAAAAUCAUUGCAGACUUGUCUUGGUCUGACUCUAAUUACCCUAAGUGAUCAAUAUAAAUCAAAAUGAGCGUCACUGUCUUUUGUAUUUUUGAAGAACUUAGAACCGCAUGGGGUUUGAAAGCCGAUAUUACAUACAAUAUACUAUUGAAAUAUGUCAUGUAUACAGUCCCAUCUCGAUGCUUACAUCUAUUGCAACAUGUGAUUAAAAUUAUAAAUAAAUUGAAAUAAUUAUUUUUGGCUAACUGUGACCAUAACUCGAUGCUUGCGUUGAACAAACUAAAAAUGGUAUAGCGGAAUUGCUUCUAAUCUAAGUACUCUCUAUGUCACUGUUCCCGUCGUUCCCAAGUCCCCCACUCUCCCCUGCCACACUGAUGACCAAUGCUUUCACAUGAGGUAAUAAAAUUUCGACAUUGAACCGCAUAACUGCACUGCGGUUUCCACGUCAAUCAACCUUAAAAAUGUUUACUUCACUGACACUGUACUUCUCCCCAUUUCUGAGACACAAAGAAGAAUUUUCUUUGCUGCAAAUUUUCAAGCCUCUAUACCUAGUGCUAUGUGUUUUUGGAUUAAUUCCCUGUUCGAUCAAUUUCCCGAAAAAAAAGAAAAACUGCACCAUCUUACUAAAGCCCUAUUUUAGCCGCUCACUUCGCGCUCUUUUUAUCCUACUCGUUGUUUACAUAUUUUUUGGACUUCACGUACACCAAGUAAUAACAUCAAGUGAAGACAAUGUUCUUGCCGAGGGCGCUAUGGCAAAAGCCAAUUACGUGAUUGAACUAAUUACAGCAAUUCUCUUCUGUACUACUACAUAUUUCUGUGUGCAUCGUAAGAAGGAUGUAUAUGCGUCAAUGUUCAGGCACAUCACCCGGGCCUGGGACGAUCUAAAUUACGUUAAUAGAGACAUGAUUUUAAGUCGCCUGCGCGUGCAAGUUAACUGUGUAGUUUUCGGAAAUCUAAUUAUGAUUUUGAUCAUGCUUACAACCGUCACGUUCGUAGGGCAAUCCAGUUUAUGGAAAAGAAUAUUGAUAACGUUUUCUUUCAAUAUACCCGAGAUGAUACAAUUCAUUGUCGUAGCUUUCUAUUUUGUACUUAUAUUGACGGUAGUCGCACUGUUGAAGAAUAUCGAGAGUCAUUGCAAGAUGUUCAAGCAAGUCCGGAGAAUCAUUAAGGGAUCGGAAGUGGAGUUGGCGCGUAGUUCAGUAACGCUGUCUCAGAUGCAGACUGUGUACGUGACAGCGAUGCGUGUCAAGAGACAAAUAAAUGAGGUGUUCCAAGCUCCGAUCCUGUUUACUCUGUUACAAUGCUUUCACACGGCAGUCAGCGAGUCUUGCGACUUGUGCUUGGGACUAUUUUAUAAGGACAACUUUAGCGUUCAACACAUCAUUGAAUGCUCUUUUUGGGUCAUGUUACAAUUCAUAAAGGUUUACGUUUUGGCACGAUCUGGGAGCUUAUUGAAAUCAGAGGCUGACAACAUCGGACGUAUAAUCCAUGAUAUACCAAAUAGUGAAGAAGAAGACAUAGAUUUAUUCAUGGAGAUGGUCGCCGCAGCAGCGAUGUACUUAGUGAUCCUCGUACAGUUCGCUGCAUGAAUAAACACGAAAUAAUAUUAAGAACACAAGUCAGAUAUGUGUGUGUGUAAUCUAAUACCUAAUAGUUUGGCCAGAAAUCCAUAACAGUGUUGGAUAACGCAAUGAGUAAAGUGAGCAGUUUCUUAGACCUUACGACCACGUCUACGAGCGUCCCAUAUCUUACAACACAUUCGAUUCCGAUGGAUGACCCUCAAGGGAGGGAGAACUAUCCUUUCUCUUACAAUAAAGUGUUAAUUACUUAUGUACUUACUUUGGUCUAAACAUGCUUUAGGACUGAUUGGAAAAAUUUCCUACAAACUAAUUAAAAUUUAAUUCGAAUAGCCAUAAUAAAUAUUGAUGUCGAUGUCGUUAAAAAUGUAGGUGUUCAAUGAUUAUUAAUUACGUAUUUUUCAACACACUGCUCGUAACGUGGAACUUACUGAACCGCUUUUAGGCUUAUAACCCUAUAGAUACAAAAUACAAAUUUCUGUAUUUCAUUAAAUCAUUGCCUGUGUUGGGAGGCACCGCUCUUUCGUGAUUAUUAAUAACUAAUAUUAUAUGCUAUUUACGAACAUUUACUACCUAUACUAUUUACAAUUUACAAACAAAAUAGAAGAAAAUCCUCGUUGCCUUACCCCUCUCACAAAACAAAAUAUUAUUAUACUACGGGUUGGUAAAUGUUGCGUACCAUCAUCCAAACAGUAAUCGGUUGUAAAAUGGUACAAUAUCAAACAGCUUCAACACGAAAUAAGCUUUAAAACCAGCCAAUUAAGUUUAUUUUAGCCUGCUACGGAAACAUUUCUAGUUUUUACAAAUAGCGCCAGGCCACGGUAACCCAUACCCUGAGCCAUGUCAAUAACUUCUAAAAUAUACAUAUUUUUGGUAUCUUUGAAAUAUUGAUUUUUCUGUUUACUUGCAACGCGUAUACUGUAUCUAGAAUUUCAGUAUACUUACUAUAUUACA